AUGGCGUUAGCAGAGGUUGACUGCUCCAAAUUCCUACGUACACUCAAAGCCUCGCCCACGUCCGCCUCCACACCCAUAUCCACAAACUCAACAAAAUCCACACUCACAUUAACUCAUGCACACUGGCCAACAGACAAAGUAUCACUCACACUCACCACUCCCAACGUCUUAACUACGCCUAAAGCUUCGCCAACGUCGGUCGUAACACCCACCCACCCACCUCAAUCAUCAUACCCACCCUCACAUUCCACCCAUGCCUACACGAUCACCAAGAUCAACACAUGCACACCAACACCAACCCUAACUCACAACCAGCACUCACAUCCUCAGGCCCAUUGGCCUCGCUACCAGAGCCCCAUCUUCCUGGUCACUCUGCGGGAGGGUGAGCCGGCCAGAAAAGACUAA